AUGUCUGGCUCAUCGUUUUAUAACUAUAAAAAGACACAUAGUAUUGUUCUUUUGGCUGUGUGCAAUGCAAAAUAUCAAUUUUCACUGCUAGAUAUAGGAAAUAGUGGAAGACAAAGUGACGGUAGUGUAUAUGCAAAUAGUCAACUUGGUUAUGCUAUUGAAAAUGAUCUGCUUGACAUUCCUCAAGCAUGUAAAGUAAAUGGUACUGAAACAAUAUUGCCCUACGUGUUUGUUGGAGAUAAUGCAUUUGGUUUAAAGCCUCAAAUGAUGAAACCUUAUCCAUUUUGUAAUCUUUCGUACAAAAAAAGAAUAUUUAACUACAGAUUGUCGCGUGUCAGGAGAAUAGUUGAGAAUGCAUUUGGUAUAGCUGCAUCCAGAUUUCGGAUUUUCAGAAGAUCUUUUAUUGCUUCAACAAAAAAAGUCGUGCUUAUAACAAAAGCUGUUGUCGCACUUCACAAUUUUUUAAUGUCAAAAAGGAAGGAAAGUCUUAAUUAUGAUUAUUGUCCAAAUACUUAUAUUGAUCAGGAUGGUCAAAAUGAAUUAAUACCUGGCGAAUGGAGAAAAGAAAUCGGCGAUGUACAAGGAUUACAAGAUAUUUCAAAUUCUGCUUGUAAUAAUCAUUCUAAAGAUGCUCGAAAAAUUAGAAACAACUUCAAAAAAUAUUUUAAUACUGACGGGGCAGUUGAUUGGCAAUGGUCAUUAAUAAACAAUACUUCUUAUCAAAAAGACUAA